CCCGCGCGCAUUUUCCGAGCCGAGGCAGCGAGCGUGCAGCUCCGUCGGCCUUUGGGCUCCCUUCAGCCUCGCGAGGUCGUGCUGGGUGGCCCAGGAAAAGGCCAAGGCCGCCUCCUGCUCCGCUCGGGCCGCGUCUCCGAGGCGGAACUACACUUCCCGGCGUGUUCUGGGGCGGGAGGGGGAGGCGCGACCCGAGAAUCGACUUCCGCUGGCCGGAAGAGGCGGCCCUCCGUCCCCUCAGCUAGCCAGCCAGGCCCGUCGCCCGCCCGCCUGCCCGCCCGGGCCUUCCUCCUCCUCCUCCUCCUCCCCCUCCGCGGCGCGUCCCGGCAUGGAGGAGAACGACUGGCGCAGCGCCAACUUCAGGCAGAAGCUCGUCAGCCAGAUUGAAGAUGCCAUGAGGAAGGCUGGAGUUGCUCACAAUAAAACCAGCAAAGAUAUGGAGAACCAUGUUUUCAUGAAGGCCAAAUCACGGGAGGAGUAUCUUUCCCUCGUGGCAAGGCUCAUCAUCCAUUUUCGGGAUAUUCAAAACAAGAAGUCACAGGCCUCUGUCAGUGAUCCAAUGAAUGCGUUGCAAAACCUCACAGGUGGGCCGCCUGCAGGAGCCGCUGCCAUGAACAUGGCACCUCGCCCCCAGGGGGGGCCCCUGGGUGGGAUGAGUGCGCUUGGGCCCCCCAUGGGGCAACAGAUGACCCUUCCAGGACAGCAGCCGCCACCAGGCCCUGCUGGGAUGGCCACUCAUGGCAUUCCAGGCAUCUCUGCAGCUUCCCAGCCAACCCAGCUCCAGCUCCAGCAGAUGGCCCAGCAGCAGCAGCAGCAGUUCCAGCAGCAGCAGCAGCAGCAGCAGUUCCAGGCCCAGCAGACAGCCAUGCAGCAGCAGUUCCAGGCCCAGCAGCAGCAGAUGCAGGCAGUGCAGCAGCAGCAGCACAUGCUGAAAUUGCAUCAGCAGAACCAGCAGCAGAUGCAGCAGCAGCAGCAGCAGCAACUACAGCGAAUUGCUCAAAUGCAGCAGCAGCUACAAGCUCAGGCUAUUCAGGCCCAGCAGCAGCAGCAGCAGCAGCAGCCGCCCCCCAUCCCACAACAGGCUCCCCCGACACAGCAAGCGAUGCAGCAGCAGAUGCAGCAGAUGCAGCAGCAGGUUGCACAGGUGCAGCCGCCUCCACUCCCGCCGCAGCCGGUGGUGUCCCAGGCCCAGGCCAUCCCAGGGCAGCUCCCCAGCCAGGUCAUGCUCACUCCCCAGCAGCUGAAAGUCAUGCAGGCCAGAGUUCUGCAGCAGCAGCAGCAGCAACAGCAAGCAGCUGCACAAGCCCAGGCUGCUCAGAUGGGAGCUUCAGGACAGAUGAUCACCGCAACUAUGGCCCGAGGUGGGAUGCCAAUAAGACCACGGUUCCCGCCUUCCACAGCUGUCUCUGCCACGCCUCCAAGCACCAAUCCUUUGGGUGGACAGCAAAUGCCUCAGGUCAGCCAGAGCAGCAUCACCACAAUGAUGUCCUCUCCUUCGCCAGCCCAGCAAGCCCAGACCCCGCAGCCAAUGCCUCCGCCCCCACAGCCCUCUCCCCAGCCAGGGCAGCCAACGUCCCAGCCCAACUCCAACGUGAGCUCCGGUCCAGCUCCAUCUCCCAGCAGCUUCCUCCCCAGCCCAUCUCCCCAGCCCUCUCAGAGUCCAGCGGCUGCACGAACGCCACAGAACUUCAGCGUGCCAUCUCCAGGGCCGCUCAAUACUCCAGGCAAUCCCAGCUCUGUCAUGAGCCCAGUCAGCUCUAGCCAGUCUGAAGAGCAGCAAUAUCUGGAGAAACUCAAGCAACUCUCCAAGUACAUUGAGCCUCUGCGGAGGAUGAUCAACAAGAUAGACAAGAACGAAGACAGGAAGAAGGACCUCAGUAAGAUGAAAAGUCUCCUGGAUAUUCUGACUGACCCUUCCAAACGCUGUCCACUGAAGACAUUGCAGAAGUGUGAAAUUGCUCUGGAGAAGCUCAAGAACGACAUGGCUGUGCCCACCCCCCCACCCCCUGCAGUGCCUCCCACAAAGCAGCAGUACCUGUGCCAACCUCUGCUGGAUGCUGUCUUGGCAAACAUCCGCUCGCCAGUCUUCAAUCAUUCCCUCUAUCGAACCUUCAUGCCGGCAAUGACCGCCAUCCAUGGGCCGCCCAUCAUGGCCCCUGCGACUUCCCCUAGGAAGCGGAAAUAUGAAGAGGAUGAAAGGCAGACAAUACCAAAUGUAUUACAAGGGGAGGUUGCGAGACUAAAUCCAAAGUUCUUGGUGAACCUGGAUCCCUCCCAUUGCAGCAACAAUGGAACAGUCCACCUCAUAUGCAAGCUGGAUGACAAGAACCUUCCAAAUGUUCCACCGCUACAAUUGAGCGUCCCAGCUGAUUACCCAGAUCAGAGCCCUCUGUGGAUUGAUAACCCUCAACAGUAUGAAGCAAACCCUUUCUUGCAGUCGGUGUAUCGCUACAUGAUGUCAAAACUGCUGCAGCUCCCUGACAAGCACUCGGUGACGGCACUCCUCAACACCUGGGCACAGAGUAUACGCCAAGCCUGCCUCUCUGCUGCUUAACGUCAUCUCCUCUUGCUGGGCCUGAGCUGGGAAAAUCACAGCCAAGCAGGGCAGGAAUGUGCAAAGCAGAAGCCUUAAAUUGUUCUUGUUGAUUAGGAGCCAGGCUUUGUGAGGAUCCUGGUGUGUUAGGUUUAGUGCUUGAGCUGUUUCUGCCUUGGUAGACCUGCCCAUAACCUGAUACGGGAAGUGGAUUUUCAGAGUUCUUGAGGCAGAUGUGUUAAUGAAUUUUUUUUAAUGUCUUCUUAGAGAAGAGUGUGUGUGGACUUCUGUCAUGGAGUCUCCCUACUGUAAGAAAAGGGGCAGCAUCCUUCAGGCCCCGUCCAGUGCCAGUAUGUAUGUGUACAUGUGUGCUUGGUUGGAUGCCACCCCAAGGAGGAGGCUACCUGCAAUCUGCAUACGCUGUGCUUUGAUAGCUGGGUGCAGAGGGCUGACUGACUGACUUGGCGGUGGGAGGGAGGCAGGUGAGCAGUUUGUGUCUUCCCAACUACGAGACAAGCAGCUCAGCUUGAAGACUGAUGUGCUUAUGGCCGCCAUGGGCAAAAGGCAUCGGCGUUCAUCAUCUGUGCCUCACGGGAACCCGCUCGGCCCAGCAGGCUUCCCUCAGCCUGGAUUUGCUUUCUCCUGCCUUCCAUGCUCAACUCUGUUGCUCUUUGUGGAAGUAUUGCUGUCUCUACACGCUGCUGCUACCACCUUUGCAGACUCUGAAUGCUGGCUUGUGCUCUUCAAGACAUCAAAUUGCUGUGGCAUCUAUAAAUCUGUGUGAUUGCUAUGUUAAUUUGAGGACAUUUUUUUAAAUGUACUUAAUAAGCGCUGACUGAUUGCAGUAGAAAGUAUCAAUAUUUCAUACAUGAACUAAGGCAUUUGUUUUAUUGUAAUAAAUGUAUUCGUUCCAGUGUUUAA